AUGAACGGCGCAACACCACGUUUCUGGGCAGGCCCCCUCCGGUACUGCCGCUGGGCCGCGCGCGAGCGGCCGGGGCUCUUCUGGGCCGUAGCAAUCGGGGCGAUGGGGCCUGUGACGCUGGUGACGGUGCCGCCGAUCCGGCGGAUGAUUGGGGACGAGGACGCAGCGCCGAUUCCGCUUACUUAUCCUGUUCCCUCCGGGCCGAGAAAGAAAUUGACGGGGUAUGACGAUGAUACGGAAUGA